AUGUCCAGCAAGAUGUCAAGUGGCAGUGACAUAGGCCAAGCACGCCGGGCAGUGGAGCAGCUGCGGAUGGAGGCUGGCAUUGACCGUGUCCAGGUGAGGACUCAAGACUGGGAGAGGAUGGGCUGGGGGUGGGGGUGGGCCUGGGUAUCCAAGGCAGCAGGGGAGCUCUUGCAGUACUGUGUGGAACAUGCCAAGAGUGACCCAUUCCUCAUGGGCAUCCCAGCUGCUGUCAACCCCUUCAAGGAGAAGAAGCCAUGCGUCAUCCUGUGACCCCCUCUCAAGGAAUACUUGUGUCUUUAGACGCUCA